AUGCGAUUCGCUCGACCUCUUGACGUAUUUCUGAUAAUUAUUGGUACAUUGGCAGCUCUUGGUCACGGUUCCGCUCAACCAUUACUUAUUUUAAUUUUUGGAAGUCUUAUUCAAAUAUUGAUUAAUCAAGAAAAUAGUUCAUGUUCACUUAAUCGAACUGUUUUAGUUCAACAGCCUUGUCCUUCAAAUAAUACUCAAUGUGAUUCUUCUUUGACAAAUGUCAACGAAGUUCGUCUCAAUCUGAGCAACGACGCAUAUCAAGUAUCACUUUAUAUAGUUGCCAUCGCUUGUGGUGUCAUUGUUCUUGGUUAUAUUCAAGUGUCAUUUUGGAAUAUGUCAGCUCAACGACAAAUAUGUUUAAUUCGAAAGAAACUCUUUCAAGCAAUUCUUUAUAAAGAAGUGCCUUUUUUCGAUGUACAUAGAACAGGAGAACUGAGCACAUAUUUAACAGAUAAUAUUAACAAAAUUCAUAAUGGAAUAGGAGAUAAAUUUUCUCAUGGAAUUAAAUAUUUCGCUUCAUUUAUCACAGGUGUCAUCAUUGGUUUCGCUAAAGGAUGGAAAUUAGCAUUGGUUAUUUUAUCAUUUUCACCAUUACUUUUCGGUAUGGCAAUGUUAUUUUCUAAAUUUGCAGUUAGUUUGACAAUAAUGGAAGCGAAAUCGUAUGAGAAUGCAGGUGCAAUUGCUGAAGAAGUUUUCAGUUCGAUCCGUACGGUUUUAGCUUAUAAUGGACAAAAUCGAGAAAAAGAACGUUAUGCAAAAAAUUUAAAUGAAGCAAAGAAAAGUUCUGUUCGGCGAGGAAUAAUCAAUGGUUUGACCAUGGGUUUUAUGUGUUUGGUUAUUUAUUGUGGUUAUGCAUUAGGAUUUUGGUAUGGAACAAAAUUAACAUUUGAAAAAGAAUACGAUAUUGGAAAUGUUGUUAUUGUAUUUUUUGCGAUUAUUAAUGCUGUUUUUGAUUUGGGUCAAGCUUUUCCACAAUUUCAAGCAGUUAUCGAAGCACGAACAGCUGCUUAUCCUAUUUGGCAAUUGAUCGAUGACUUUUUUAUCAUUGAAAAUUCUUUGAAUGGAGGUAUUAUCAAAGAUGAAUUGACAGGUGAUAUUCAAUUCUCAAAUGUUUGUUUUCAUUAUCCAUCUCAACCUAAUUCACCAAUACUUCAUGAUCUUUCAUUUAAUGUUAAAGCUGGACAAACAGUUGCAUUAGUAGGCACUUCUGGUUCGGGAAAAUCGACGUGUCUUCAAUUAUUACAACGAUUUUGGGAACUUAAUUCAGGUUCAAUUACGAUUAACAAUAUUCCAAUAAAUGAAUAUAAUUUAAAAUGGUUACGAGAACACAUUGGUGUUGUCAGUCAAGAACCUGUUUUAUUUCAUGGAACAAUUCGAGAAAAUAUUUUACUUGGACGACAAUCAGCUACCGAUGAAGAUAUUCGUCAAGCAGCUAAAAUGGCCAAUGCACAUUCUUUUAUUAUGACAUUACCUGAUAAAUAUGAUACUUUAGUAGGUGAACACGGAGCUGCUUUAUCAGGUGGACAAAAACAGCGCAUAGCUAUCGCUCGAGCAUUGAUUCGAAAUCCUUCCAUAUUAAUUCUUGAUGAAGCUACAAGUGCUCUUGAUAAUGAGAGUGAAGAGGUUGUUCAAAAUGCUUUAAAUAAUGCUACUAGAUAUCGAACAACAUUGGUUAUUGCUCAUCGUCUAUCAACGAUUCGAAAUGCAGAUAAGAUUAUUGUUAUAAAGAAUGGUAAAGUUGUUGAAGAAGGUAAUCAUGAUCGAUUAAUGUCCAUCAAUGGUAUUUAUCAUGAUCUUGUCAAACAACAAAGUUUAUCAAAAGAAAAAGAAGAAGAAGAAGACAAAUUUGAAAGACAAGAAAUAAUACGAACUCUAUCAGAACAACGAACCAGAUUUGAACGACUUCGUGCUUUAAGUAGUUGUGCAUCAUCGAUAUUGGAUGUAUCGAUACUUAAAGAAUUACAAGAAAUUGAUCCUGAAGAGACUAAUGUUGAAAAAUCGAAGAAGAAAAAAGAUAAAAUCUCUAAUAUAACAUUAACUAUAUUGAAAAUGAAUAAAUCAGAAUGGAUAUUUAUUCUAUUUGGAUGUUUAGCAGCGAUAUGUAGUGGAGGUAUUCAACCAUUAUUCAGUGCUAUUUUAAGUGAAUUAAUUGCAGUUUUUCAACAAUGUGAAAACAAUGAUCCAGAAAGAUCUGUACGUAUUUAUGUUAUUUUAUUUAUUGUUAUUGGAAUUUCUCGUUUUAUUGCAAUGUUCUUCCAAAAUUAUUUAUUUGGUUAUUCUGGUGGAGCAUUAACUAAACGAUUACGUUUAGAAAUCUUUUCACAUAUACUUCGUCAAGACGUCGCUUAUUUUGAUCAAUCCGAAAACAACACUGGAGCAUUAUGUACACGUUUAUCAACUGAAGCAUCAGCAGUUCAAAAUGCUACAGGUGUUUUUCUUGGGAUUAUACUUCAAAAUUUCUCUUCAAUUGGUUUAUCAAUUGUCGUUAGUUUUAUCUUUUCUUGGCAAAUGACAUUAAUUGUAUUAGCAUUUAUACCAUUCAUUGUCAUUGGUGGAUCAUUACAAAGUCAUCUGACCGGGAGAUUUGAAAAUAAAACAAAGCAAAUUUUUGAAGACGCUGGAAAAAUUUCAAUGGAAUCAAUACAAAAUAGACGUACAGUAGCAUCUUUAGCUGUCGAAGAUCAUAUUUCUGCAAAAUAUUUCGAAUUAAUUGAUAAAUCCUAUGCAUUAUCAUUCAAACGAUCUCAUCUUCUGGCAAUAAUCACAUCGAUAUCGAAUUCUUUCAUAUUCUUUUGUUGGGCUGCUCUUUUUUCGACUGCUGUUUAUCUCAUCGAUAAAAAGUUUGUUACAUUUCAAAGCGUAUUAUUAGUUGUAAAUUGUGUUAUAUUUGGUGUUCAAAGUUUAAAUGAAACUUCAUUAAUGUCAUCUGAUUACGGUAAAGCAAAACAUGCAGCAAUGAAUAUUUUAAAAUUCCUCUCUCGAAAACCACUCAUUGAUAAUGAAUCAAAUGAUGGGGAAACAAUUGAGAAUUUUCGUGGUGAAAUUGAGUUUGAUGGUGUAUAUUUCAUUUAUCCGAAUAGACCAAAUGCAAUUAUUCUCAAAAAUUUCAAUCUCAAAGUUGAAGCUGGUAAAAAAGUAGCAUUUGUUGGUAUAUCUGGUUGUGGAAAGUCAACAAGUAUACAAUUAAUUGAACGUUUCUAUGAUUCUGGAAUUGGACAGUUGUUGAUUGAUUCAAAAGAAAUUCAAACACUUAAUUUACAAUGGUAUCGAUCACAACUUGGUAUUGUUUCACAAGAGCCAAUUUUAUUUAAUACCUCUAUUCGAGAUAAUAUUGCAUAUGGUGAUACAAGUCGAUGUGAUAUUCCUCUAGAGGAAAUUAUUCAAGCAGCAAAAGAUGCAAAUAUUCACGAUUUUAUUCAACAACUUCCAGAAGGAUAUGAAACGAUUUGUGGUUCGAAAGGAAAUCAUUUAUCAGGUGGACAAAAACAACGAAUCGCUAUUGCUCGAGCUUUAAUUCGAAAUCCAAAGAUACUUUUAUUGGAUGAAGCAACCAGUGCGCUCGAUAGUGAAAGUGAAAAAAUCGUUCAGGAAGCAUUAGAUAAAGCUCAACAAAAUCGAACAUCGAUUAUAAUUGCACAUCGUCUAUCAACAAUCCAAAAUGCAGAUUUGAUUUGUGUUAUACACAAAGGAAAACUUGUUGAAAAAGGUACUCAUGACGAAUUAAUUGCACAGAAUGGACGAUAUUAUCGAUUAGUUCAUGGAAAAGUCCAGUGA